AUGAUAGCGAAAGUUUCGCUAGAAAAACAAUUGCUGCCCAUAUUGAAGCUGCUGGACCCGUUCCAGGCAUACUCCGAUGCUGAAUGGACCAAGUUGGCUGCUGGAAAUGAUCCAGAUAUAGUUCAGCUCGAUGCUGAUGCUUUUUUUGAUGAACAAGUUUUUCUUCCGAUGCUCUUAAAUCCAUUUGAACUUGGGUAUUGGAGCAGAAUUGAGUCAGCGACGACGGCAGCAGAGCAGAAUAUUCGAGAUCUCGGCCUAGAGACGUUUGUGAUGUCCAAAGAGCCGGAAAUUGUUCGUCCACCAAUGCCAAAAUUGACGAAAACUCAGAAACGAAUGUCGCUAGGACUUCUAGAUGUCAAGAAACAAAGAUCAUUAAAAUCCCUGAGCUUGCGGAAACCCCCGGAAACCGCAAUGAGCUCGGUAAAUAUCACUACAAACACCGCAAUUCCGGUGGUCUCUAAGCACUUUACAUUUAAAAAUACCAUCCGAGACUUUCUGGACAAGCUAAGACAAAACCACAAAAGUUCGAGCACCACCACAAAAAGACGACUGUCUUUGGUGGACGAAACGUUGCCGAGCUAUAUACGAAAACAGCUUGCGGAACGAACACCGGAAAGCUACAAAUCUCUGGAAGAAACCCAUAAACAUUCGAGUGGAACGUCUACCCCCGGAAAGAGCCGCCUCGACAACCUUGUUGCCAAUUCCCAGUCGAUUUACGCCAACAUGCCCCACAAACCAAGCAGCAAUGGUUCGGCGUCGGUAUCCGAAAGUCGAACAUCUGAGGACCGAGAAUACAUUCUGCCCGGUCUGUUCACCAAAUAUAUGAGAGGAUUAGGUGAGCCUGCGAACGAAGAAGACGAAGAAGACGAAGAAGACGACUUUAUCACGGUAAACGCCACGAGUGACGAGUACCUCUUCAAGUGA